UCAGAACCCAUUAAACAAAUCAAAGAAAGAAUGACAAAGAUCGACGCUCUCCGUCGAUUUCUCCUGCCAUGUCUCUCCCCCACCACCACCGCCCCCACCACCACAAUCGCCACCAAGAAACGCCUUAGCACCUCCCUAAGAGACGACAAGAUCGUCUCCACAACUCAAGAUUCUCACAAACCAGACCAAGAAUCCCAGGACUCUUCCUCUUCCUCCACUACAGUCGCCACAGUUGACGAUGUUACCUCCUCUGCUCCGCCCCGCCAAUCCAAGACCAUGGUCAUCGGAACCAUCUUCGGCCACCGCAAGGGCCAUGUCUGGUUCUGCAUCCAACACGAUCGUCUCUCCACCAAGCCUUUUCUCCUCCUCGAGCUCUCUAUUCCCACUUAUCAACUCGUCCGCGAGAUGCGUUCCGGUCUCGUCCGGAUUGCACUCGAGUGCUCCGGCAGACCAGACCUAGCGUCAUGCCCGCUACGUUCCAUCCCUGUCUGGACAAUGUACUGCAAUGGCCGCAUGAUAGGAUUCGCACUCAGGAGAAAACCCAGUGAAGAGAACCGCCAGAUGCUCAAGACGAUGCAGUCUAUGACAGUCGGGGCAGGGGUCAUUCCUUCCGGGUUCGGGUCGCCCGGUUCUGAGGAGGUCAUGUAUAUGAGGGCAAAUUAUGAGCACGUGGUGGGUAGCUCGGAUUCAGAGUCCUUUCACCUUAUUAACCCAGAUGAAUGCCCUGGCCAAGAACUAAGUGUGUUCUUGCUUCGAUCGAGCUGAUCAGAGAUGGGUACCUGGUUCUUAAUUUAUGUUACUCCUUUUUUAGCUAUCUUUUGCCGGUUCUUGCUUUGG